AUGCCGACUUUUUCUGCAAUAGCAUUGGAUAGGUUGUUAGAUACUGAAGCUUCCAAGCCAAUUGAUAAGCCUGUUCCAACUUCAAUGCCUGUACCAAUAUCUCGGACACUUGAGAGGACUGCUACUGCGCCAGCUAUGAAAAAGAAGGUUCCUCGUCCUCCGUUGAAGCCAGCACUUUAUACCACACCUGAAGUGAAACUACUUCCGGAAGCAGACUCGCCUUCUUCAUUCCCACCUUCACCAUACGUUAUUAAUCAUAAACGUCGUGGCCCGCGUCUCCUCAAGAGUUCGUCUGAGGCCAGUGUGCUUUCCAAGCAGAAUAGUGAAGCAAUUGAUGAUAAGAGCUUUGAUACUGUGAUUGGAAGUUCGGCUGGUGAUCUCCAAUUCGCCUUUUCAAACCAUGAACCUGUUGAAGAGGAGCAUGCAAAUGGUGUCUGUGGUGGUAAAUCUGUUAGAGUCAAUGGAGCUGGGCCAGUGAAUGGACACCGUGAACCUGAGAAUAGUAGUCUUACAAAUGUUUUACUCAGGGAUAAUGGGCCUGCAUUGAAUUUGGAAAGAGAUACAGAUAUUGAAGACUUCUUUGACCCGAAAGAUUCCAUGAGUUUUACAAGCAACACGGACGUGGAAGAGAAUGCAGGGACAGACCUACCUGUGAAAUUCAGCAGUCCUGUUGGCGAGUUUUAUGAUGCGUGGGAAGAACUAUCAUCGGCGUCUGCUACUCAAAAUUCUGCAUAUGAUGUUGAAGCUGAAUUGCGUGAAAUGAGAUUGAGUCUAUUGAUGGAAAUAGAGAAGCGGAAGCAAGCCGAAGAAUCCCUAAAUAACAUGAGAAGUCAAUGGGAGAGUAUUAGGCAGGGGUUGUGUCUAGCGGGAAUUGUUUUGCCUGCAGAUCUUAGUACUGUAGCUGAGGCUGAGCAGCUGAAUUCUGAUCCUGUGGAAGACCUAUGUCAACAACUUUAUGUUGCUAGAUUUAUUUCAAAUACUAUUGGAAGAGCAACUGUCAGGGCUGAGGUAGAGAUGGAGAUGGAAGCUCAACUAGAGUCUAAGAACUUCGAGAUUGCUCGAAUCUUAGAACGUCUCCAUUGUUAUGAGACCAUGAAUCGGGAGAUGUCUCAGCGAAACCAGGAAGCAGUAGAGAUGGCACGGCGUGAGAGGCAAAGAAAGAGUAGGAGGCAGAAGUGGGUUUGGGGUUCCAUUACGACUGUGAUUGCGCUUGGUACUGCAGCAAUAGCAUUGUCUUAUCUUCCAGUUGAUGGAGGAUCAUCCUCAGUAGACGAUCAUCAGGUUCCCGAACAUGAUGAUACAGCUAAGUAG